CCGACCGGCCCGCGCGGGCCAACCAUGCCGGGCCGCCUGCUGCGGGGCCUGCGGCAAAGCUGGCGCCGCUACAGGUACCGGUUUGUGCCUUGGAUCGCGCUGAACCUAAGCCACAACCCGAGGACCCUCCGAUAUGUUCCAGAGGAUUCCAAAGACAAAGUUAUCUCAGAUGAAGAUGUCCUAGGAACAUUACUGACAGUUUUCCAGGCUCUGUUCAUUAAUGAUUUCAAUAAGCAAUCAGAUAUUUUGACUAUGCUUCCAGAAUCUGUUAAAUCAAAAUAUCAAGACCUCUUGUCAGUUCAACAGCCAAGGGUGAAACUACUUGAAUACAGACAUCGACAGCAAAAUACCUUUAAACCAGAAGAAAUUCUUUAUAAGACAUUGGGUUUCAGUGUUGCAUUAGCAACUAGUUCAUUGGUUUCUGCUGGAAAAGGCGUCUUCGUUACUAAAGGAUUGGUACCAAAAGGAGCUGUUGUAUCUAUGUAUCCUGGUACAGUGUAUCAGAAGUAUGAACCAAUAUUUUUCCAGUCCAUUGGAAAUCCAUUUAUUUUUAGAUGUCUAGAUGGGAUUCUCAUCGAUGGAAAUGACAAAGGAAUGUCAAAAAUUGUGUACAGAUCUUGCAAUGGAAGAGAUCAAUUUGGCCCUUUUAAAAUGAGUGACAGUACAUGGCUAACAUCAGAAAUUCAUAAUCCCCUGGCGUUAGGACAAUAUGUCAACAAUUGUUCAAAUGACAAAGCAGCUAAUGUGUGUUAUCAGGAAUUUGAUGUGCCUGCAGUCUUCCCUGUAGAACUGAAGCAGUAUCUUCCAAACAUUGCCUUCAGCUAUGACACACAAAGCCUACUUCGAUGUGUUGUUCUUGUCUCACUCAGAGAUAUCAAACAAGGAGAAGAACUUCUUUCAAACUACUAUACAAUUGUCACCUAAUUCUGAAUUGGAAAUCAGCACUUAGAUCUGAAACUAAUAAUUUCUUCAAGUUCCACCUGUAGAACAAAAUUUUUGAAACCUAAUUAAAGUGGAAAUUGUUUUGUUUGUA